AUGGCUUCUGAUCAGACUGCGCGUGCAUCUCUGCACCCUUCCAGGCAUGGAUCAAUUGACAUUGAACUCAAAGCUCUCAAAAUUCAUUCCCGUCGACUACAAUCCUUGCUUACGAUCCAUGCGACAGAGCUACAAGUCCUUCAUAGGUUGUACUAUAAAAACAAAAAUCAGCAUCGUGGAGCAUUGUUCUGGCGAAAUGUUACUGAAAUGAGACGCUUUUUGGAGAAGAUCGAGAAGCUGAAGCUACUUGAUUCAACCAACAGUCUGCGUUCAACAUUCUAUGACACCACACAAAACAUAAAUGCUAUCAAGGGGCCUUGGACGCACUACCCGAACGAAAGGACAUUAGUCAAAUUCUUGGACCACUGUAAUAUUGCAGUAAAGCUGCUGGACAAGAUGUCAGAGCGUUCCCUAAUUGCCUAUAGAUCCUUUCAUCGGUCGUUGCAGUCAGCUGCGUUUCUUCAAAUCCUUCUUAUGUUUGUCGCAAUCGCAUCCAGGGCUGGAACAUUAGCCACAGAACUUAUUGAUACCGUACGCCUCAUAAUCUCUUGCACUAAUCGACUUAUUCUUAUAACCAUACACAAUAAAGAUGAACUGGCAGGGCCUGGGCCCAUUCAAAAUUCUGAUGCAAAGCCGCAACCAAUGGAUGUUGAUAACUCCGUUGAUUUGUUGUCCAUAUCACAGGCGAUUGGUGUCAUGACCACGCAACAGAAAACUGCGCAAUCCGCACCAGUGAUUUCUCCAACACAGGACUCCAAUGCGGCACCCCCACCUAUCACAGUGCCAAAAACGGUGGUUUACAAAACAAGAAUAGAACCCAAGCAACUGUCGGAGCCAGUUCCUAUACCCAAAAAGAAAAAGCGCAAAGCACCCAGAAACGAGAUCGAUGAUAUCUUCGGCUUUUGA